UCUCUCCACCUUGAGCUCACAGGGCGCUCUCUCUCUCUCAAGUUUUCUUUUUCUCUCUAUAUCAUACAGCUUUGUAGAGAUAGAGAGAAGAAAGAAAGUUUUAGAGAUAGAAAGAGAAACCGGAUAUGGGAGAAGAUAACAAAGAAACUAAAGUAGUCUUCGAGGAAGCAGCGCCUCCCAAGCGGCGCAACACCAGAUUCGCCUUUGCCUGCGCCGUGCUUGCCUCCAUGACAACCGUUGUUCUGGGCUAUGAUAUUGGCGUUAUGAGUGGCGCCACCAUCUUCAUCCAGAAAGACCUUCAUAUCAGCGACGUCCAAGUAGAGGUCCUUGUCGGAAUCAUAAACCUCUACUCCCUCAUCGGCUCCAUCGCCGCCGGUCGAACUUCGGACUUGAUUGGCCGGCGGUACACAAUCGUCCUCGCCGCCGGAAUCGUCUUCGCCGGAGCCAUUCUGAUGGGCUUUGCAACCAACUACGCCUUCCUCAUGUGCGGCCGCUUCGUGGCUGGUGUCGGAGUCGGUUACGGCGUCGUGAUUGCGCCGGUGUACACGGCGGAGAUCUCUCCCGCCUCUGUCCGCGGCUUCCUCACUUCCUUCUCUGAGGUUUUUAUAAAUUUCGGCAUUCUUCUCGGAUAUGUCUCCAACGUCGCAUUCUCUCACUUCUCUCUGCAUAUCGGAUGGCGGCUUAUGCUCGGCGUCGGAGCUGUUCCGGCGGUUUGUCUUGCUCUUGGCGUGCUUUUUAUGCCGGAGUCACCUAGAUGGCUUGUUCUGCAGGGCCGCCUCUCCGACGCCGCCCACGUCCUAGACCGCCUCUCAGCCACACCAGAAGAAGCCCACCUCCGCCUCUCCGAAAUGAAAUCCUCCGCCGGAAUCCCCUCCGACGCAACCACUGCCAACACCACCCCCUUCACCCGAACCAACCGCGGCGGCUCUGGCGUCUGGAAGGAACUCUUCCUCCACCCCACCCCCGCCGUCCGCCGCGUCCUCAUCUCCGCCUUCGGCAUCCAUUUCUUCCAACAAGCCUCCGGCAUCGACUCCGUCGUCCUCUACAGCCCCCACGUCUUCCAAAAAUCCGGCCUUUCCUCCAACAACGCCCUCCUCGCGAUGACUGUCGCUGUCGGCCUCACCAAAACCAGCUUCAUAUUAGUCGCCACUUUCCUCCUCGACCGAAUCGGCCGCCGCCCUCUCCUCUUAGCUUCAGCCGGCGGCAUGAUAUGCUCUCUUAUAGGAUUAGGAAUUGGAUUGACGGCGGCGGAGCACCAUGAGGGGAAGUUAUUGUGGGCAAUGGCAGUGUGCUUCUCAUCGAUUUUGGCUUUUGUGGCGUUCUUUUCGAUCGGCUUGGGGCCGAUGCCGUGUGUGUAUUGUUCAGAGAUAUUUCCGAUGAGGUUGAGAGCGCAGGGGGCGGCGGCGGGGGUGGUGGUGAAUAGAGUGACGAGUGGGAUUAUAUCGAUGACGUUUCUUUCGUUAUAUAAGGCGAUAAGCAUUGGUGGGACAUUUUUCUUGUAUGCGGGAGUGGCCGCGGCGGGGUGGGUGUUUUUCUAUGGGUAUUUGAGGGAGACGAAGGGGAGGACGUUGGAGGAGAUGGGGAAAUUGUUCGGGUUUAGUAAGGAGGAGAUGGAGGUGGAAGAUGAGAUUGUGAAGACGAAGGAGGAGGGAUUUGGGGAAGCGGCGGCGAUGGGGGCGGUGGCGGCUCUGUAAGUGGUUGUGAUGGGUGAAUAAGACUAUAAGAAAAAGUUAUAGUCACUUAACUUGUGGACAAUGCGAUUUAUACGUAGCUAAUACAUCAAAUUAGUAUUCAAAAGUUU